AAUGUGGGCCUUUUUUCGUCACUUUGUGUGCGCGCGGGAAGUCAUAAAGUGUCAUCACUCUGAAUGCAUCGUUGUGUUUCCACACAGACCUUCCCAGUGAACAGUUAAUGUCUCUGUUGGUCGUCCUCUUCCUUCUCCUCCCACACAGACAAGCCAACACAAACAUUUCAGUGCAGCACGGACACGCUCAAACUAGUUGGGAGUCCAACAGAGACAGAGACAGAGAGAGGGGGAGACAGAGAUGGCCCAGACCGACAGCCAGAGUUCCACUUUCUCCGACAUUGUGGAGCUGAACGUGGGGGGGCAGGUGUAUGUGACCCGACUGGAGACCCUCACGGCGGUGCCCGACUCCCUCCUGUGGACCAAGUUCACCCAGAGCGCCCCGGGCGACCUGCCGAAGGACGGCAAGGGCCGCUUCUUCUUCGACCGGGACGGCUUUCUGUUCCGCUACAUUUUGGAUUACUUGCGGGACGCCGAGCUCUACCUGCCCGAGUAUUUCAAAGAGAGGAGGAGGCUGCAGAAAGAAGCCGACUUCUUCCAGCUGCCGGAGCUGUCGAGGCGCCUGGCGACGGCCGCCAAAGACGGCUCGUACGCGGAGGACAGCGGGGAGCCGGAGGACUCGGAGCUCACCAGUCCGGUCACGUCGUCCUCCUCCUCCUUCUCGGACCGGACCCCGCGCUCCCCGGGGGCCAACGCCGGCUACAUCACCAUCGGGUACAGAGGCAGCUACACCAUCGGGAGGGACAUCCAGGCGGACGCCAAGUUCCGCAGGGUGGCCAGGAUCACCGUCUGCAGCAAGAUCUCUCUGGCCAAAGAGGUGUUCGGGGAGAGCCUGAACGAGAGCCGCGACCCGGACCGCCCGCCCGACAAGUACACCGCCAGGUACUACCUCAAGUACAACUUCCUGGAGCAGGCCUUCGACCGGCUGGCCGAGGUGGGCUUCCACAUGGUGGCCUGCAACUCCACCGGGACCUGCUCGUACGCCGGCAGCGAGCCGUCGGACGACAAGCUGUGGACCAGCUACACCGAGUACGUUUUCUCCCGGUGAACGCGGGCGCGCCGCGCGCCGCGUGCGGGAACGCGUCGCUCCCGCCGCGCGCGCGCGCAGCAGCCGCCGACGUUAGUUUCUUGCUUUCACGAGCCCUCCGGAGGCGCGGGUCGGCCCGGUGUCUUCGGGUGUUUUUGUUCCGCCACAGUGUCGCCAUUUUCUCCUGAGACUUGUCGGUCGCUCUUUGGUUCGAAAGACGUCUUUAUGGGUCCCGAGCCGCGUUACAUCUUUGUGACAAUGUAAUUCUUUGUAGCUUUCAAGUGCUUUGUUCUCAAUGAAGUAAAUGAGCGGAUACCGGCCGAGUUGUAGAAUGUGGUUUUCUUUUUAUCCGUACUGUAUUUCGUCAUGUUAAUGCUGUAAAUGGCCUCUCAAGUCUUUAAUCAUUGGGAUUCACUUAUAAGGAAGUUGCUUCUUUGGUAUAAUAUAUAUUUAAAUGUACAUGUUUUCUGUGAUACAUUUUAUUAUAUCAACUACAGUAUUACUGCUCUUAGGAUAACAUGUCUUGACCUUAAAGUGCUUCAUUGAUUUGUUCUUCUCUUUAGAUAUGAGGCCAAAUAAAGUGAGACAGCCAAUAGUCCCUGAGCGUUUACUGUGAAAACGUAUUUAAGUCGCAUGUGUUAAUACACUGAUUUCAUUGCGAGUAAACGCACACAUUUAUUCUUUUCUCGGGUCGCCAGUGAUCCUGUUGUUUCCUCUCUGGAGGUAUCGAGAAGUUUGCUAGACCAUCUUAUCUGGGUUCUUUCAUACAAGGGUUUAUUUAAGAUAUCCAGUCAGCCCUCCCAUUGAAAUAGAGAUUGGCCUCAAUAGAAUGUCACCAAAUAGGGUUCGACAAGAAUUUGACCUUAAUUACAUCACACCCUAAUGUGUUAGGCAUUGAAUGUGACAUUUAUCACACACCAAACAAUGUAAAGGUCACUGGAACAAGAAGAGAGAAAUGCUGUCAUAAAUACUUUCAGUCAGUAGAAGUGCAGCAUGAACGUAAACCCAACAAGGACACACUACUACAGGGACAGCGAUGUGCUGAUGUCAGUCCAUGUGUUUCUUUAUUGGACAUGACACUCUAUAAAAAAAGGCUAGUUGUCUGAAUUCAAAACUUCCUCAAGUUUGCAAAAUUCUCCAUAUUAACACUAUUUAAAUCAAAUUGAGGAAGAGUAAAACAUUUCAUUGUAAGUUCUCAUAGAGGUUCAUCAUUUUCAUGAAAAUGAUUCUUUGAAAAGCACUCCCUGUGGUUUUAAACCAAAUGACCGCUCCUGGUCGUUCUCCUCCCAGUUCAGGCUAAAAAAUGCCAACAAAUGAUAUCCGACAGCAGGACUUGGUAUAGCUGGUCAGGCAGAGCACAACAGUGUCCUAUUUCUGCACCACACAAGAGCUCUGUUAUCUCCCGCGGACAGGAGGAAGGACUUCUCUCGGCUGAGAAAUAAUACAGUAAUCAAAUGUCUGCUCCCUUCUGGGAUACUGGGGCACCAAUCCAAACUAUCCCAGGAGUCUAACCAAAAUCAAGGCUUUGUGUGGGCCUGUGCCUGACGUGAACAAAUUCUGUAAAAACAACGGCCGCAAAAUGAUUCAUUUAAUUGUCAGAUGUCCAGGAGCACCUAAGCGGAACAAUACAUCAUUUAUGCAAACAAGAUCAUGAGAAGAUACACGGACAAAGAAAGAUUCUCACACAUUCAACACAGCAACCUUCCAACAACCCAACCUCCCACACACUCGCUUCUGGCACCAAUGAGCUCCUUAAGAGCUUCAAAGAUAAACAUUUCUGCACAAGAGACCUCGUAUCUGCUGUCAGCUGAUUCUGCCAUCUGGACAGGAAAGGGAAGGAUAGACGGAGACUUCUCCACCAGUGCAUCCUCCAAAAAUAGGACGUGGUGCUCUGCUGUACUCAGCCAAGACACAGGGACUCAUUGUGCGUCUCGUGCGUCUUGUUACAGUGAUGGUGGAUAAUUAAGGAUGAACUCCAAGACCUUAGAACUUCUGUAUUAGAACAAGACCAAGUGUUAGUCACAAGACUUCUUGGGGAAGAAAAUGAGUUUGCGUGACAAGCUGCUAUUUAGAAUUCAGUGCUGUGUGUUCUUGAUAAAAACACCUCCAACACACUUUUCACUGGGUGGAUGAGUUGUUGUUUUUUUUUGCUGUGAAAACUCAGAGCCAAACAAUGAAAACGCACAGACAGACACACACAAACACACACGUAAAUUAACACACGCAGGAGGGAGACGGAUAAAGAGGGGCAAAUUAGCCAAUUUGCAGAGUCGGACUUAACAGCUUUCUUCAUAUCAGCCUCUAAAUUUAUCAGUGCUAAUUCAUACACAGUUGCUCACAUUAUCUGCCUCCAGCUCAAUGCAACCGGCAUGUUUUUAAUAAUGCCCGUGUGUGUUUUCCAGCCCUUUGAAAUAGACAUAACACUCACCGGGGGAACAACACAUGUAUAAUGAAUUAAUAAGACGAAAUGGCACGCAGCUAAACAUAAGAUUUCUUCCUUUUUUGUUUUCUGUUCCAUUUACUCCAAAGCUCCUUUAAUGACACCAGUCGCUGUUGCAUUACAUUUGUACUCAUGAAAGAUUUUGCUAGUUUAGUUGUGAAGCAUCACGUUUUUGAGGUUUUUUUUCCCCCUGAGCCUGGAAUAUUUAAUCCAAACAGGGACAAUAUGUAAUCUAUAGGUUUCAUGUACAGAAUGUCUGUUUAUUUGUGUUGCUCAGGACCAAAACAUCAAUUGAAAAUGUGACCUUAAGUUUGGUUGUGGUUUUGUUUCCUAAAAUUAACAUUUGACAUUGUUUUUCUGAAUAUCUAUCUCGUUGUCUAACCCUCAACCUACAAAGUUAUUUUAAGCCCAGCCACGAUGUUUUCCUAAACUCAGUGGUUUUGUUUCCUAAAUUUAACUUUCGUUUUACAGCGUAAUGUUGUCUGGCAAACAGGGCAAUGGAUUGCAUUUUGUAACUGUUUCACAAACUGUGCUGUAGCCGUGCUGCGUACGUCUGUAUGUCGGCAACAUUGCAUCUAUCACAAAAAAAUAAAAUAAAGGUAUGGUAAAGGAAUAGUUGAGGGCAGAGCGCUCAGUCCUAGCGUAGCACCGGCUAGCCUCAAAGAGCAUCUGCUUAACAGGAUCUCGUGCUGUUCUUACAGAUUUUCCUCUUUCUCAGGCUGGUUUUGUAACAAAUAGUUUUACCGGGAGAUGUUUUUUGGGACACACAUUUUUUAAACGUUCUGUUUCAAUGUAAAAAGCCGGUGGAUUUAAUAACUGCAAAGUACUCUGGCACAUCAUUAACACGCAUUAGCACUUCUAUGGUCUGCUGGCUGGUGAAGGUACGCUGAAUGGCUGCUCACGCUGAUUUAGCUUUUAACUGGAUGUCCAAAGUGAAUAAAGACACCUGGCUUUGCAGGAA